AUGGGCAGGUUAGUAGGUUAGUAGCCGUUGAACUGGUGACAAUGCUGGUGCGGGUAGCUGUCCGGCUCUGCACGGGAGAAUAUGAGCAAACUAAACAGUCAGACGGUAAGGAUGUAUUAGAUCCUUGCUCUGCGUAGCAGCCCAGAAAGAACAACAGCCAGAGCGCCUUCAACAUCAAAUGUCCAAGGCAAUGCCAGAGCUAAGAAACUGCUGGCGAGGACAAGAGAGAGACCUGGAUAUGGCCUGCACUGCCUCCGAGGCCACAGAACGCGUCCUCCGCAAUCCGAAGAUAAGCAUUUCACACAGACCGGAGCUCACAAUGCGCAGCCCAAGGACCGAACGAACCCGUACGAGCAGUAUACUGUCACUUAUCCCAAUGACUGCCUCUGUAUCUACACGAAUCAAAUAAAGCAAAAAUUUAGGCCGAUUCUACAAGCAAAACAUGCCCACUUGAAUUGGGGAACCACUAGGUCUCGCAGCUGCGCCUAAUCUCAGAGGCGGGCUGUUUGACGCCUCUCACCUACGUCAAGUAAAUCAAUCGGAUGGCCAAAAUGAGGAUUCGGUUAAUCAAUUUCGAUGCUUUACUUGACUUUUAGGAAUCAAUGGUAGGCUUCAUGUUUUAAGUGCCAACUGAAUUCUAUCGUUUGACUGUGAUCCCUCGAUUAUGUUCGUUCUCAUAGCACUGUUAUCAAUGUGCAAACUUAAUCAUUACUGCCCAUGGCUGUAUUAUGAAGCUCGCAGACAGUGGCUGUUGCAGUGUCCCACACGCUUCUAGACUGCGCCACGCGUGCAGUGACACAAAUGCAGAGCAAGAGAGAGAAAGAGAGGGAGAGAGAGCGAGAGAGAGCGAGAGAAGGAGGAAGAAAGGAAAUUGAAUUUAUGUUCUGCCUGACAUGCUGAGUGAAUGCACGAACUGACAGCGAAGAUUAAGCACGCACACUGGCCAUAUUUAACGGGAAUCCAGUCGACAAUUUGCCAUUGACAAUUUCUUCUGGUAAAGCACAAGGCAACUAGAAGGCCAGAGCCGUUCCUCUCCACUGACUACCUUCCGGAUAUUACCCGGAAGAACAGGCUGAAAUGGCGCCCUCCUCCCUAUUCGAAUUCCCUCCCCCCACAGGUCGAAUCGGUCUUCCUCGGGCAAUCCCCCCUCUAUCACGUGUCUGCCGGUGGACCGUCUGUGCGGGGAGAUGAAGAAAAAAAUGAGGGAGAAGAAGAAGAAAAAGAAGAAGAAGAAGAAGAAGAAGAAGAAGAAGAAGGAGGAGGAGGAGGAGGAGGAGGAGGAGGAGUUAAUAAACCUUCAGUCUUUCUCGCAAAAGUCGGAAAAGACAGGAAAGUGGCACACGUAG